GCAAGCCAAAUAACAUGGAGUCCUCUGUCUGGCAUCUCCAAGGGAUCCAUGCAAAAAACCUGAGCGGCGAUUAAAAGAGCAAGUUUCUCCAUGGGAGCAGUCAAAGCCUCUUGCGAGCAUCGUCUCGGGGCGUAAAGCUUCAGCUCCCUUCCUCAAAAGUAUGACGAAGGGUGCUUAAACAGCCAGCCUUUCACUGCGAUCCGCAAACCAGGCCGAUUUCAAAGAGGAGGCUGCACAAUGUAGGCAGGCUGGUCACCAGUGGGACUCCAUACUGUUCUCUGGGGGGACCAUGGAGCCAGAGGGACGGCUAACCCCAGGGACCAGUUAUGGGCCCCCACCCUUCAACUCAGCACAAACCUUCCUCAGCUGCACCUUACAGUCCUCAUGUUCUCCAAAUGUGAGGGAUGGCCUGACGACUGCCAAAUGCUCGUGGGGCCGCGCUGGGGACGAGGGCUCCAUGCAGACUGAGGGCACUCAGCCCAGUGCGGACCCGGGGAAGAACGCACAGAGGAGAUUCAGGUCCUCAGCCUUUCCUUCCUCCCUAAGCUGGGACUCUGAUUCUGAGAAAGAAACACUAGAUGAGGAGGAGCUACAGCACUUUUCUAACCCUCAUGGUCUGGCUGCUCACAGCCCAGGAUCUCCUUCUUCUGGACUCAGACUUGAUUGUGAAGAGGACCCAGAACCUGAAACACUGCAGCACUUGCAUAGUAAAAGGGACACAUCUACCCCCGCGGAGGGGCAUGACGACAACAAUGAGAACACAAAGACAGAAGAGCCAAAUACAUCUCAGCUGGGCCUACCAGAAUUGGCAGACAGCAAAGUCUGGAAUGUAUCUGAGGGAGCUGAGCUGUUUCUGUCCAAAGUGAAACCAAAGGAAGGUUGCCAAAUGGAGGAGGAGGCAGACAAUAGUGAGGAAGAUGAGGGCGAAAAAAGGCCCAAGGGAAAGGAAACCAGGGAGUCUGAGAAAGAUGUGUACACCUUCCCUGGAGACUCAGACCCCGAGAGUCCACCUCCUGCCCCCUGGGCUCAUUGCACAUUCAUUCAGCGGUGCAGAAAGAAGAGGGUGCUGCUCAGGCCGUUCUCUGGGCUUGGCACCUUGAAGCGCACAUUGCCUGAGACCGGCCAGCAGGCAGGAGUGAGUCUUCAAAAAUCAAAAACCUCUGAGGUGGCACAGCUAAACCAAGGUGGAGGGGUUUAUGAUUUUGAGGAAGUCAGCUCUGGAGAGGGAGCGGCGGAAGAGCCGAUAAAGUUCAGACACAAAGGAGGGAAAAGAGACAAAGAAGGAGAAAGUGGGGUGGAGCCAGGUAAAGAAAUUUUCACCUGUGUGGAAUGUAGCAUUUAUUUCAAAAAGCAGGUUCACCUGCAGGAGCAUAUGGUUGAGCACUGUCAGAGUGGUUCAGGGGGUGGCAGGCGUGGGGGAAAGGGCGGCCGUUUUCGGUGCGUUGAGUGUGGAUGGAACCUGGCGAACCGGCUUGCGCUGGCGGACCACCACAAAAAGCACCAGGAAUCCCGUCUGAAGAUCCUGGAGGAGAUUGAGAAACUGAAUGAAAAUGGGAAGGCAAGAGAGACUCAGAGAGACCCAGCCGUUAUGCAAGACACAAGCCCAGUCUCGAUUCCAGGCAAAGUGUCAGACCCAGAAAUAGUCACAUCUCCACCUCUGUCCCCAGCCCCGGUUUCGACACCAGAAGCAGACCCAGCGGUUGUUCGCUCAGAUGCAACUCCGCCAAAUUCAGUUCGAUCCUCAGCUCAGGCCCGAGCUGUCUCUGCCUACCGCCGUCGCUUUGUCUGCACCAAGUGUAACUUCAGCACAAGAACCUCCCAGGCACUGGCUAAUCACUCAAAGACCCACAACAGAAAAAAACCCACCCUCCAGGCUGACUCCCCACCUCCUGGUUCACCGUCAUGUUUAGCCUCCACUUCCCUGGCCUGUGGCCACUGUGCCUUCCUGACCUCCAGUCAAACCGUACUGAGGGAACACCAGAAACUGGUCCACCCAGGACAGUUCUCCAUCAGUGGGGCACAGGCUGAUGAGACUGGCCAGCAUUCAAAAUCUAAUGCAGGUGCUCGAACUUCUAAACCCAUCCUUGACUCUGACCACCCCUCUGGGUCUGGAUCCCUGCCCGAUGCAGCUCAAGGCAAAAGCCAGCCAGGGGUCACUGCCUCUGAGGACAGCACAACACCAGACAGCGCUGCAGUUCAGUCCGCAGGCCAGGUGGUCUUCAAGUGUGCUGGGAACAGGAGAUUCAGCAGGAGAGGAAAGGCUUGGACUGAUCUGGCAAAGUUUCAUCCCAGACCGGAUGAUGACAAACUGCCCGGGAGUGAAGAAGAGCAGGAUGAAUAUCAGAGCACAGAGCUUGACACUGAACUGUCCCAGCUUGAGGCCAAAUCACCUGCAGAAGUGAAACGACACACUCGAGCACGAUCCAGCACAGACGACUGUUCAGCACAGCAGAGUUCUACAUUAUCGCUCCCGCCUAAGAAGAGUGUGAAGGACGAAGGCAAACAGGAAGAGGAAAAAGAUGGAAAGGUUUUCUUCUUGAGGAGGAGCACUCGGGUUACUGCUGCUUCUGCGGAAACUGACAGUGAUGAUGAUGACGACGACAUUGACGAGGAACACGUGCAACGUUUCCUGUCAGAGGGCAUCUUGGAUGAAGACAAAGACGAGAUUGAUGAGGACUCGGAGGCGCUGAAGAGCGUGGAGAGGAAAUGCCCCUACUGCCCCGAUCGAUUUCAUAAUGGCAUCGGGCUUGCCAAUCACGUGAGAGGCCACCUGAACCGAGUGGGCGUCAGCUACAAUGUGCGUCACUUCAUAUCCCCUGAGGAAGUCAAUGCGAUUGAGAAGAAGUUCUCUUAUCAGAAGAAGAAAAAAAAAGUUGCAAACUUUGACCCAGACACAUUCAGUGUGAUGCACUGUGAGUUCUGUAGCGCUGGCUUCGACACCCGGGCCGGUCUGUCCAGCCACGCCCGGGCCCACCUCCGCGACUUCGGCAUCACUAACUGGGACGUUACCAUCUCGCCCAUCCACAUCCUGAGGGAGCUUUUCUCCAGCAGGCCCGACCUUGUAAUCCCCACAGCUCCCCCUCGGAGCCUCGACUCACCACUGGAGGAGGAGGAGGGUGAGGAGGAAGAUGAGCAAGAGGAGGGAAUCACUCAGGUAAAGCUGGAGGGGGAGACGAGUGAAGGGACGCUGAGUGCUGCCGUCUCUGAUGCACUGCCUUCAGCAUCUCCUCACCGCUGGAAGGAGGAGGAUGGUGGAGAAGAGUGUGAGGGGGAUGAGGAGGAAGCAGCUGAGGAAGAGGAUGAGGAGGAGCUGCAGCUUCCAGCUCUGGACGGUCUGAGCUCAAGCCCCGGGAAAACAGGGCUGAGCAGCGUGGACACGGACAGCCUCUCCCCCGGGGAGGAUGCAGACGCCAAGGUCCACAACUUGAAGUGUGAGGUGUGCGGAGCUCAGUUUGAGACCAGACGGGGACUGUCCAGCCACGCCCGCUCUCACUUGCGCCAGCUGGGUAUCAGCGUCUCAGAGAGCAGCGGGGCGCCCAUCGACCUCCUCUACCAAAUCGCCAAGGAGCGCAACAUAGACAGCCAAAUAAGCUCAUCUCUUCUGGAGCCCCGCUCAGCUAAGAACUCCUCCCCACCUCUUCCUCAGAAAGAUGAGGAUUUAGAAGACAUGGACUUAGACGAGAAACUGAUCCCUCUCUCCAUCCUGGCCAAAGCAGCGAAAGCAGCGCCACCCUCUUCCUCCUCCACACCGACACCUUCACCCGGUGCCUCUCCAGCUCCACCUCAUUCUGGCUCCCCUUCCUCAGUAGUGAGGAAAGCCCCCAUUUCCUCUCUGCUGCCAGUGUCUUCCCCCUUGCGCUCCCCAGAGCACAAGGCUGGGGGAAUGAAAAGCUUAAACUCUAACAUCUCUGCCCCGGCCACCAUCACAACAACCAAACCCCUCUGGGCACCACAGGAGAAUGAUGCUCCUCUCAACCUCACGCUGGAGGUGGACCCCAACAAGGACAUUGUUUGUCAGCUGUGUGGCGCCUGGUUUGAGACACGCAAAGGCUUAUCCAGCCACGCACGAGCCCACCUGCGGCACUUUGGGGUGGAGUACUCUGAAUCCAAGGGCUCUCCCAUCGACCUCCUGAACCAGCUCAUUGAUACAGAUGACUUCAAGCACAAAGCCAGUGUGUUGCAGCUUGACGGCCACGCAGAACCACGAGGCCUCACCACCACGCUCUCCUCCCCAAAGCAGUCCAUGCUGAGCCUCUCUUCCUCUUCACCUUCUUCCCUCAUCUAUAAGGUGACCACAGCUGGAGGUGGGUCGACGUCCAAAGCUACCUCUUCCUCUGCCUCGUCUUUACUUGGCCCGCCUGCCAAGCGUCUCAAGUCCUCUUCCGUGCAGGUCUUCCGCCUGAGUAGUGGGGAGCUCAUGGCCCUUCCACACAGUGAACCUCCAAAGGAAAUAGGCUGUGAGUUUUGCGGGGAAUAUUUUGAGAAUCGCAAAGGACUCUCCAGCCACGCCCGCUCCCACCUGCGCCAGAUGGGCAUUACAGAGUGGUCUGUCAACGGCUCCCCAAUCGACACCCUGAGGGAGAUCAUCACAAGACGUGGCCUGCCCUGCGCUCUUCCUCUAAAGCCUCUCAAAACUCCACCUCCAUCCUCUCCGGGACCCCCUCGUUCCCCUCUGUCGACCUCCUCCUCUCCUUCAACCACCCUCCUCAGUCGUCUGCCCUUCGCCUUCGCCCGCCCCUCCAGUCCUCCUCAGCCCACCGUAUCUAAAUCGAACUCUGCUACACCAACGUCAUCUAGCGGGCUAAUCCUCAAGCUGAAGCCUGAGCCGGUGCAGCUGGAGGUCACCACGCCUGGAGCUGUGGGGAGAUCUGGGGGCUUCUCGACUGAACCUCUCAGCUGUAGCUGGAGCAGCUCUGACAGUGUGCUCCCCCUCAACUUGGCCAUGGCCCAUGAAGUGGAACCUACAAGGGAUAUUCGCUGUGAGUUCUGCGGGGAAUAUUUUGAGAAUCGCAAAGGCCUCUCCAGCCACGCUCGAUCCCAUUUGCGCCAGAUGGGCAUCACUGAGUGGUCUGUCAACGGCUCGCCCAUCGACACCCUGAGAGAAGUUAUGCACAAGAGAGGGGUGGGUGCCUCCUCUCACUCAGACCAGGGAGUGAAGAAGGAGUCGAGCCAGGGAUCCAACAGUCCCCGAUGGGACAACACCGGGGGCGCCAGCAGUUCUGAUGGUUUGGGUGUUUCGGGCUACCAGGUGUCCAAAUUCCGUAAAUCUCCUCACACUUUGCUGCAGUCGGGUUCGAGGCUCCAUAAGCAGGGCCUGGGGUCCGUGGGUCCAUCUGCUACCCCACCUGCAGGGAAGCUUUUCAGGAUGUCCCCACUGGGGAAAAGGCCCCUGUCAGCAGAGGCUCAGUCCGUGGAGACUUCCCAAUCGCCACCACAUCAGCUUAAAACUUUCUCACCUCUGCCACAUGAUUUCUCCUACAAAAGAAAACCCUCCCCAGACAAGCAUCACCAGGAUCCCAGCUGUGAGUUGUGUGGGUUCUACUUUGAGAACCGUAAGGCUCUGGCGAGCCAUGCACGAGCCCACCUGAGGCAGUUUGGCGUGACUGAGUGGUGUGUAAAUGGAUCCCCCAUCGAGACGCUUAGCGCUUGGAUGCGCAGCAGGCCACAGAAGGUGUUGGAGAUGCACCGUAGCUACAUGCAGGGGAACCGCUCUGCCCUCAAGAAGAAGAGCAGCUCACCUCUGACUGUAUCAGCGGAUUCUGAUCAUAUCCUCCCCAUCUCAUCACAGAAGGCCUCUUCUUCCUCCUCCCAGUGGUCUUCAUCUUUGGCUGUAAGCCUGGUGCGACCAAUGAGCCGCGAGGUCAGCCAGGGCUCUUCCAAGACCACAGAGGGUGAUGGUGGUACCAACCUGCAGGCCGCUGCCAUCAGGCCCGGCCGCAGCAGUCCCAGUCCCUCACGACUCUCUGGCGGCCUCCCACUUCAAGCACAGGUGGCGCGUAGUGAGCUGAAUGUCCGCCUGCCCAGAGGUUUUGAGCGUCGGCCCUUGAAGCACCCGUCUUGUCCAGAUGGAAUGGAAAGAGACAGCGGCCCUCCAAAGCCCCCCCGCACAGGCACCGUCCCCGCCCUGGUGCCCAAACCACCCUCCUACCCACUGGUCAAACUGGUGGGCAAGUUCUACACCCUGAAGUGCCGGUUCUGCGAGGUGGAGUUUCACGGUCCGUUGUCCGUGCAGGAGGACUGGAUCAGACACCUCCAGCAGCACAUCCUCAAGAUGAACUACAACAAGCCUGCUGCUCCCAAGGCAGCUUCCACUGAACCCCCUGCCCCGGCUGACGACCCAGCCCCGGUCCAGGCCUCUGCCCCAGCCUCCACCUCUACCUCCAGUACCACCUCUACCACACCUGCCCUCACCUCCACCCAGACCCGCACCACAGCUCCUCACAGCCGCUCCCCUACACCUCUAGCCGAGUGUGCUCGCACCAUCACUGCCACAGAGAUAGUAAAGGCCUCAGAGGAGCAGCCUGCCCUAACUCCGACUCCUAUUCCUCUUUCUACCCAGAUGGUGUAAGCUCAAAUUCAUCGCUUGCUGUCAUUUUACCCCUUCUUGUUUUCUCUUGCCUUUACACUUUCUUUUCGUGCAUCUGUUUUUUUUCCUUUGGCCUUCACAAAGUGUUGUUGCGGAGGAGUGUUUCCCCUCCAAAGAGCCCUGUGAGCCCCAAGCACCUUUGAAGCAGCUUUCUAGACUGUUACUAAGUCCCGUUACCAUGGGAACGAAGCUCUCCUGGAUUAUCUGCGCACCAGGGAUUGUGGGAACUGUCCAAGGUUAUGAGGAGAGAUGAACUAAUGUUUUGUGUUUGACUUGUUUAUAUUGAAUGUCCAGGUGUUGAUUUGGACCGUUGCUGUACCUCUCCUCCUGUUCACUGGGCAAUUUAGGGGUUAAUGCAGUCUAUUAUCAAGCUUCAACCCCCUGUCUAUUACAGCCCCCACCCACCCACCCCGACCUCUCCCCUUACGAACUGUGCAUUAUUAAGGCUUGUGAGACUUUGGCCAUUUCUACCAGCACGCUGGAAGCGCUGGCCUCAGCCUCUCACAUAGAGGCCCUGACUGAGAUUAAAAUAACAUUUAUAAUCAUGCUAGUCUUGUGGUUGAGACUUUAAACAUGCGGUAACACUUGGUGUUUUAAAAAAAAAAAAAAAAAUGCACUUUCAAUGUUGACAUUGUCACUCAGCACUUACAUAAACACCCAUUUGAAUGGGUGAAAUUUGACUAAUUCCGAUUGGUUAAAGGAACAAGAAGUGGAAGCACACUCAAAAAGGGAAGAUCCCCCUUGUUAACUUGAUAAUGUAAUGUAAUUUCCCCAAAAUAUACGUUUUGCUUGAAUGUAGCUUAAAGCACCUAUUAAUACCUUAUAUGCACACACUCAAACACAAUCAAAUGUGCCCCAUCUUACUAUACCAUUGAAGUUUUAUCUUUCAUGAUGUUGCUUCUCCACAGUUUGCUGUUUUCAGCAGAUAGGGCUGCUGUUGUGUUGGAGGCACAGUUGCUUUUUAAUCUUUGAGAUUUGAAAAGUGGGGCCAUAGAAACACAUUUUAAGGUUUUUUUUUCUUUCCAUUCACAGUGUUGCCAUUUUCUUCCUGCCUUUUUCAAUGUAACCCAAAUUAUUAUUUAUUUAUUAUUAUGCAUCUGAAUGUGGUAAGCUAGGUAAUUUUAAAGCUAAAGUAGAUCUUUGGAAUGUUUGAAAAUAGGUCAGCGGUGCACUUUUGCUCUAGUGCACAAUGUGAGCGUGUGUCUUAGUUUGUAUGUUUGUGUACAUGCAUAGCAAAUGUGCAUUUGUUUCCCAUUUUAAAGAGAAAGACAGAAGUAAAACUGCUUGUUAGAAAGACACCUCCUUAGCUCAAAGUGAACUAAAUUUGGGAACCUGUCUGUAUGUAGUCUGAUCAGGACUUACAUGCAUCCAUCAUCGUGUUCGGAUGUGCCAAAGAGUCUGUUUACUUCCUUGUCUUGCCUCUGUAACAGCUGUUUACAUUGGACCUGAUGGCAGAGGAAACUCUGCACAGCUAUCGAGUUCCCCAAGGCUCCACACUGAACAAUGGACUGAACCAGAGUUGAUCUGCAUCCACUACAUGCACAGCUGAAUUCCCCCGGUCUGAAAGACUCGGGCUGCUGGAGCAGCUUCAUGGGACUCGUGUUGUUAUUGUAGGGUUAGAUUAUUCCAAUUAAAACACGAACACAAAUCAAACUUGAUUUCAAGCAGGGCUCUCGAGAACUGUCAGCCCUCAGUCCCAACACAGAAACGCAUCUGACCUCGGGCUCCUGAGGCUGAAGUCUGCGGUCUGUCUCUUUUUACAUUGCUUCAGAGUGUGUUCAUAUCAACCUAGAACUGAAGCAAUAACUAAAGGGUCCAUGUAGGCUGAUGACCUUUUGAAGUUUGUUCCAGUGUUUGAAACAUGACUGUUCAAUCCAAACGAUACCCCAACCCUUUUAUGGAGUAUAGAUACAUACUAUAUAACUACAUGUACUUAAGAAACUGUUGAUGCUAGUAGAGCUAUCAGCAGUUCUAAUAGCAAGGUAGUUGGAAAAAAAAUUAAGUGAUCUUAAUUCCUCUAGUGUGAUUUGAUUUCAACCUUUGAUGCUAUGUAUUUUUUAUUGCUCUGUGCAUUUCUGUAUUUGCAGUCCUGCAAGGUGAAUCUUAGAGUAUUUUUUAUUUUUAUCUGUUAGUCUCUCCAAGCUGAAACUUUGGUGCUGGUAAGAAUGUGGCAGGUCAGCAAGAUGACGAGUGAGUGAAGCGCGAGGAAAACAUUUUAAUGUGAUUGUCACAUCCUGGUUUCAAAGGUCUCUAAUAAGCAGGCCUUAAAGGGAACCACUUUGCACGAGAUAUGAGAUAUGAUCCUCUCUCUGCAUUCACAGAGUAAUAGACACUGUAGCCUCUCGCAGGUCUGUGGUUGCAUUACUGUGUGAGAUGUGAAUUAAGAGGCUGGUGCAUUAGAGUUCCCUUUUAAGAUUACCUGAAUAAGCCUCAGCUGGUGUAACUGGCUGUCUUGUGUGUACGUGUGUGUAUGUGUGUGUGUGUAUGAGAGUGAGUGUGUAAAAAGACAGUGAGAUGACGAUGAUGAUUAAGAAGAAAAAGAUGCAGUUGAGGAAAGAACUGUACUGUACACAAAGGGGCAAGUUUUAAGUGAAUCAACUCCAGAACAAACAAUAAAUGUGAUUUCAAUUUCA